AUGGCAACGAUGGCGAAUUGUUCAGAAGAGGAGCUCCAUGUGGAUGGAAAGACAGUUGCCGAUAUAAUGGCCAAAUACACGGAACGUUUGAAGUACCUAGAGCACAUGAAAGUGAUAGAGCUUCUGUGGAAUAAGAAAGUGAUCGAUCAUGAUGAAUAUGUUAGUAUUCAGAAGCCAGAGAUGGACAGAAGACUAUUCCUUCAGGAAAAGUUGCCAAAGAAAGGAGACACAGCAUUCCAGAAAUUCUUGGAAUGCCUCAUCGAAAUAAACCAAAAGAUCCUUGCUAAGGACAUGCGACGAGGGCGUCCAGAUCGGGGAGGGUCUACUAGGGUUCCCGUUCUCUCAAACUUCGACUUGAUACGGGAGAUCAACUUGCGGCUUCAUGUGAGUGAGGAUCUAUUUGAUGGAGAGGCAUUCAAGCAGCUGGAGAAUGAAAAGAAAAAUCUGGAAGCAUCGAAUCAGAAAAUGGCGAAGGAUCUAGACGAGCGAAACAAAGAACUUGAGGAGAGAACAAGAGAAACAGAACGAGAGAAACAGAAGUUCGAGAAAGACCUCAAGGAAAGCAAAGAUAAGGUAGAUGAGCUGCAGCUGCAGCUUCGGAACUCGGAAAAAAAAGCAGAAGACCUUGAGAGGCAGCUCAAAAAGGAACAGAAUACCUACAGAGUGAUAGAGCGAGAUAAACGUACAAUCGAGAAGGAGCUCCAGGAAAGCAGAGAUCAGGCAGCCAAGCAGAUGUUGCAUAUGUCGGCCGUGGAGAAGAAAGCAAAAGAACUUGAGGAGCUGGUCAAGAGGGAACAGAAUGCGUAUGGAGAGUUAGAGAGAAAUAAACGUAAGAUCGAGAAGGAGCUCAAGGAAAAGCUCUUCCUGGAUUUUCCUCGCAAGCGGCGAGUUAGAAAAUCUCAGGUCACUGGCGAUCUGUCGCCGUUUUUCUUGCCGUUUGGGGCAAGCGGCGGAGUUCGCCACAUGAGCUCCUUGGCAGUGGCUGCAUUUAGGAUGCAAGCGGUUCAGCUUUCCCUGGCAGUUUACGAGGGCGCGAGCCGUUUCAGUAACAAGUGCUUUCACGAGGAUCAUGUGGAGGGGCGCGCCUACCUUUGUCUUCCUCAUCCGCAUGAGGCCGCCUUCAUGGAGAGGAAUUCCAUGCUCGGUUGCGAGGACGUCAGGGAUAAUUUCCACGCCCUCUUCGGGUCCAACUCCCUUUACAACGAACUUGAUUGCCUACCUUUUGCAGGAAAGACCUCUCCGCCAAUACCGGACUCAUUCCACCUCCUACAAAUCCUCGGUAUGUCAGAUGCCUUUUCAAGGGUCAAGACGAACCCUGCAGCGGAUGUCGAGCAGCCGGACGGGUGGGAAAAAGGUGGAGAACGGGCGGACAAACGAGAUAUUUUGCUAGUACUUACCUGGCAUAAAGACAGGGUCUUCAAAGAAGUAGCUCUUAGAAGAUUCGGGUCGGCUUGGGUUGAUGCUACCGCGAGGCGCAUAACUGGAAAGAACUUCGCGAGGCGAGCAAGAGGAAAUUGA